AUGUUCUCAGAAUAUGCGUCUAGGUUCCUAGCCCAGUCGCAGUCCCGGCUAUCCAAUUUCGGUCAGCCGGAUACCAACAACGAAUUCUCGAACCGACAACAACAGACGACACCAGGUCGAUUCUCAGGUAGACAUCCCGCACGGUCUUCGUACCAGACUCGACUAGGGAAUCCUUAUCAACCAUCGAAUUCGCGGUUCGGAGGCUUCUCGAGGUAUAAUACUACCUCAGAUGCCCCGCUCUUUCACAGUGCCUUAAACGAGUACCGAGAAGACGAGGAUGAGGAUGAUGCGAGAGAAGCUGCGGAUCUUCGAGCUUUGCAGCGGUCGCGUCGAGUUUUUGUUUCGAGUCGCCUAGAGGAGAGCUCGGCUUCGGAGAACGAUGACCUUCGCGCCUCGUCCGAGCACAAUGAGAGUGACUCGUACGGGAACCUAUACUCGAGCGCUCGUCCCAUAGGUGGUAUCAAGAGCAGUUGGAACGGGGAGUCAAGCUUCAAGGACAGACAUUCAAAGCGCGAGGUGGUCAAAGAUCCAGACGAGCCGGGUAGCCCCCAGCAUCAGCGGCAGAACUCCGAUACGGAUGAGAGUGGAAAGAUGGUUGAUAUCGGCCUGGAGUCAACGGUGUUAGAUAAUGAGGUACCUGAUGAUCUCUUACAAGAGACUCCUACAGACUCAGCACCACCAGCAUUCCAACAGUUCAAGUCUGGGUCGGGUGGUCCGAAGGGUGUAGCCGGACGGAGAGGCUCGAAUCUGGAGCAUGAUCAGCGUCUAAUGCGACAGGCUAUAGCGGAAGAGGACGAGACGGAGGAAGAAGAGCGGAACGAGAUUCCUGCACCUACGCCUACGCGAAUGUAUGGCGAGAUCUUUGUGCAUGACCAAUUUUUCGCAUGGAUCUACCUUAUAGCCAUCGCUUCCCUUUUUGCGACCUUCGUAUUAGUCUGGUUGCAUACCUCCGUACCGAAUAGGAAGAUUGGUGACACUAUAUACACGACACUCCAUUCGUCUUUUUAUCUCCUGGCUGUAGAUACGUUAGUCUCAAUCAUCGUCGCCCUGGUUUGGAUGGCAGCGUUACGGUCUUUUGUUCAGCCCUUAGCUCUGCUCAUCCUACUGGGCGUCCCGAUCGUCCUCUUCUCAUUUUCGUUGUAUCCGAUGAUUUCCAGCUUCCAGGGACCAGAUCACGGAUCGCGAGUACAGGACGUGGUAAUGAGAUAUGCGGCCAUCAUUCCGGGGGGCUGCGCGAUCGUUUGGGUAUGGUUAUUAUAUAAGGGACGUCACGAAAUACAAAAGGCGGUUGACAUAUUGGACUUCUCUAGUCGCAUUCUUGCGGCCAACCCGGCGCUGGUACUUCUAGGGCUCGGCUCGCUAAGCUUUGUUGUUGGGUGGACGUGGAUAUGGCUAUGGAUGUUCACAAGAAUCUUCCUUGGGGGAUACUUUUCUAAGUCACUUUCAGCCUUCGUCAUCGGCACUGCGACAUGGUGGUUAGCGGUCUUUUUCUUCCUCAUGUACGUUUGGACUCUCUCCGUUAUGAGCGGAGUUGUUCGCGCUACUACCGGAGGUACCGUUUCGAACUGGUAUUUUUUCCGCAACAAUCAGUCGUCUGCCUCGUCGAAUGCGAUUGUCAAAGGAGCGCUAGGACACUCAACGACUACGGUAUUUGGUACUAUUUGUGCCUCGACCCUACUAUCCUUGGCAGUCCGAAUUCCCAUUCUAAUCUUACCUCGUCGGAUCUCGAGCAUCUUCGAGUUUAUAGGAUGGCGACUGGCCCCCCGCCCGGUGUCAGUCCUAACCAACCCUCUAGCAUUAACAUAUGCGUCGAUUCACUCUUUACCCCUAAUGGAAUCGGCGUCACAGCUUAGUAGGAUACAGUUCCUUGCAACGGGACCCACUACAACUCUUACACCGAGCGCGUUCUCCCGACGUGGGCAGUCGUCAGCAUCGUUAAUGCCCUACAGGAUGGCAAAGAUGCUUCUCCAUGCCGCACGAUUCGUCAUGUCAACAGCUCUGGGUUUUGCGGCAUGGGUUAUGACGGCACGGCAGUUACAGGUUCAAAUACCAGAGGGUCACGGUAUCAGAGGGAGCGCCUAUGCGUAUGUAGUUGGUAUGGUGGCUAGCAUGAUCGGUUGGGGCGUGUUGGGGGCAAUGGAAGGUAUUCUUUCAGGCAUUCUCGACGGUGUUCUUAUCUGCUACGCUAGCGAAAGGCGGCUGGGUAGCGAGCGGGCGACUUACUGCAUCGAGGCGGCACGAUUAUUCGAGGAGAGGAGAUAUGACGAAAGGGAUAUGGUUUAA